GGAGCCGUUGGUAAGAUCUGAGCAACAAAAGUUUUGAAAUUCAGUCACCGAGCUUUUGACAUUCUGUGACUUCCUACUCUUAAAACUUUUGACAGAAUCGGGAGCUUUUUGUUCUUAUACUCCAAUCGAUCAUGCAUCCCAUUAUAGAGCCUUGCUUUUGCCCAAAGUCGAAUACAACACUAUCGGGGGAACUGCUGGAUGCCGCUAUUCAUGGGAGGUAUGACCAAAUCCACAGUUACCUAGAGACCGGGGCCGAUAUUAAUGCUAAAGAUGACCUGUACGGAUGGACGUUACUUAGUGCUGCAUGCAGCAAAGGACACAGACUAAUCGUGGGAAAACUCCUCAAGCAUCCUGAUCUUCACCUCAACAUUCCAGCCAUGGGCAGCAGCGCCCUCACCUGUGCCCUUGAUGGUAAACAUACAGAUUGUGUCAAACUACUGCUACAAUCCUCGCUGAAGUGCACUCUUAACUUGGAUUUAUGUUGGGGCAAACUUGUAAGCUUUAUUUCAUCUGAACCUAAAUUAUGGUUUGAUUUGAUCACGAAAACUGCAUCUUACUACGACAUGGAGAAGCUGGCUGAAGUGAUCUGCAUGAAGAGUAGACUAUUCGUUCCAGACGUGAGACUGGCAAUGGCAGCUGUGGAAGGAUCUAUUGAUACUGUGACAGAGAUCUUGGCAACCAAAGAGGGUAUUGAAAAGUUUUUGGAUGGAACAUUAAUUGCUGUGUCAAGUUUUGACAUAACUGAAAGGGUAGCUGAAAUUCUAAUUGGGUAUUCAUAUGAAUACAAGUUGGAGAGCAUAGAGAUAAGCAUGAUUCUGAGCAGUAUGAACAAUCAUCUAGGAAUUCUACCAGUCCUUUUGAAAAAGUUUCUUCAGAGAAUAUCCUACGCAGCACUCAGUACUGCACACGAGGCAACAAUAAAGGCUGGUCAUAGAAACGCCAUGAGACUUCUGGAAAAGGCAUUAGUGUUUAAGUGUGAGAUGUUUAUCGCUAUUCCUAAGUAAAUUAUUGAUUUACAGAACUUUAAACGCCACAAAUUUAUGUGAGUAUACAUAUAUGUGUGUGUGUGUGUAUGUGUAACACCACAAAUUUAUGUAUAUAUUUGGGUGUGUGUCUCACCCUUAAAUCGGUGAAGUUUCACUACACUUUUGCUGAGGUUUGUGAAUUUUAUGCUACAUCCUAUAUUUCUAAAACAUGCCAAAAUCUGAAAUUUAUUAAAGAAACACUAUUGGUGAAAUUAACGUUACGCUAUAAUGUAUCAGAAAGUCACAAUGUAUAAAAGAAUUUUUGUGAAUUUGUGACCUUGCAAUAUAGAUUAUUGGUCAUUGGCGCAAAAUAGCUUCGCAAUGAAAUAUCCACGUGUGGCAUUCUUUUUAUGUGUACUAAGUUUGUUUCGUCUUUGUUGUCCAGUGUAUUUUUGAAUCAUAAGUAGUCUGUUGAAAUUACGAGCAUAAACAUGUAAGAAUAUAAAGUUGUUUUACCUCUUCUAAAUACAAUUGUGCAUUAUUUAUUCUCCAGGAUAAAAAAAAUCCUUACUAAAUGAAAAAAUGUAGAAUUAAACAUUCGUGUGAUUGGUACCUUUGCUAUCAUGGUCCUGUUAAUAUAUACAUAGCAAAAUACUUGAGCAGGAUUAAAGUUUACACCACAGGCACAGACGGUGUCGAACGUCUUCAUAGUGAGGUUCUUAAUUUGAAAAUAGAUCUUUCGU